ACGGGAAUCAGUUGCCCAACUGCCACUGUGUAUAUAAACCAAGGCAUGGUAAGGAUCUCCCCACAUCAAAAGUAGAAGCAGCUCAUUUUAGCUUGCGGCAAGUCUUAGCCAGACAAAGCUAGCUGCCGAUAUGGCCACCACCGUGGCCCAUCACGGGCAACGGCUGCUAGUGUUGCAUCUACUCAUUCAAAUCCACCUCGCAGCUGUGGUGUGCUCGCUCCUCCCUUCGUCGGCUGAUGCGCUGCUCACCAGCAACCAAACUGUUACCACGGCGUGGGUGCGUGUCCCAUGCCAGCCCGACCAGGAGAUGGCGUUGCUCCGGCUCAAACGGUCGUUCGCCGCCACCAACAAGUCCAUCACGGCGUUCCGAUCAUGGAAGGUCGGCACGGACUGCUGUGGCUGGGUGGGUGUGCACUGUGGUGACGCCAACGGUCUCUUGACUUCCCUCGACUUGGGGAAUUGGGGCUUGGAGAGCACAGGUCUCGACCCUGCGCUUUUCGAUCUAACCUCCCUCAGGUAUCUCAACCUUAGCUGGAACAAUUUCAAUAUGUCCGAACUCCCGUCCAUCGGGUUUGAGCAAUUGACCAAGCUCACCAGUCUCGACCUCUCCAACACCAACUUUGUAGGUCAAGUUCCUCAUGGCAUAGGUCGUCUCACGGAUUUGUUCUCUCUCGACCUUUCCGUUUCUCUUGAACUUACUGAGAUACCCGGUGUUGGUUAUACUUUUGGUGCAAAGACGAGUUACAUAGAUAUUGACAAGGGGGGGCUAACAAUGCCAAACUUUACGUCCUUCGUUGCAAAUCUAGGUAGUUUGAGGGAGCUCCAUCUUGGUUCUGUCGACCUGUCCCAAUCGGCAGAGUGGUGCGAUGCUUUAUCCAUGUACACUCCAAAUCUCCGUGUCCUUAGCAUGCCAUUUUGCCUACAAUCUGGCCAAAUCUGUGGAUCGCUCUCUGCUUUGCACUCAUUAUCUGCGAUUGAUCUACAAUAUAAUUUUUUGACUGGUCCAGUUCCAGAUUUCUUUGCCAACUAUUCCUUCUUAAAUGUUCUCCAACUUAGCUAUAAUCGCCUUGAAGGAUGGGUCUCUCCUAUGAUCUUUGAACUCAAGAAAUUAGUGACUAUCGAUCUUCGCCAUAAUCCUAAAAUCUCCGGUAGCCUCCCAAAUAUCUCAGCUGAUAGUUGUCUACAGAAUUUGCUUGUUGGUGAGACCAACUUAUCUGGUACAAUACCAAGUUCCAUCGGUAAAGUCAAAUCUUUGAAGAAGCUAGGCCUUGAUGCACCCGGUUUUUUUGGAAAUCUGCCCUCGUCAAUUGGGGAGCUCAAAUCCUUGAACACAUUGAAGUUAUCUGGUUUAGAUCUAGUAGGACCUAUACCAUCAUGGAUCUCAAACUUAACUUCCUUGGAGGUCCUUCAACUUUCUCAUUGUGGCUUAUACGGACCAAUACCAUCUUCCAUAGGUCAUUUGAUCAAACUAAAAACAUUAGCAGUCAUGAAAUGCAAAGCUUCAGGGGAGAUACCUCCACAUAUCUUAAAUAUGACACAGUUACAAGAACUAGUCCUUGGUUCAAACAAUUUCACUGGGACGGUGGAACUUAACUCGUUAUGGAGACUACCAAACCUAUUCCACUUAGACCUCUCAUAUAACAAGAUAGUUGUAAUAGAGGGACUAGAUAACUCUUCAAUGGUAUCCUUCCCCAGCAUAAGCUACUUACAGUUGGCGUCAUGUAGCAUCACUAAAUUCCCUAGCAUUUUAAAGCAUCUAAAUGACAACAUUGGGCUUGACCUUUCAAAUAACCAAAUGCAUGGGGCCAUACCCCGGUGGUUAUGGGAAAAAUGGUCAGACUCAUACAGUGGCCUUUUCUUUCUAAAUCUUUCACACAAUAAAUUUACUAGUGUUGGCUAUGACACGUUCCUUCCUAUUUUUUCAGUAAAUCUGGAUCUCAGUUUUAACAUGUUUGAGGGGCCAAUACUCCUACCCCAAUAUUCUGGAGAACUGCUUGAUUAUUCUAGCAACAUGUUCUCAUCCAUGCCACCUGACUUUUCUACUCAACUUGAUGACACUUACCAUUUCAAGGCCUCUAGAAACAACCUUUCGGGGAAUAUUCCGACAUCUUUCUGUAUGAAUCUUCAAAUUCUUGACCUCUCUUACAAUAACUUCAAUGGUUCAAUCCCCUGUUGCCUAAUGAAGGAUACCAAUACAUUGAAAAUUUUAGAUCUAAAAGAAAAUCAACUUCAUGGAGAGCUCCAGUUGCUAGACAUAAGUGGCAAUAGGAUUGAAGGGCAGUUGCCUAGAUAUCUAGCUGCUUGCAAAAGCUUGGAGGUCCUUCAUAUAGCAAACAAUGAGAUUAGUGACUCUUUUCCAUGCUGGAUGGGUACACUUCCUAGACUUCAAGUUCUCAUCCUAAACCACAACAGGUUCUUUGGACCUGUGACACCUUCUGGUGCUAAAGACAAAACCACUUGCGGAUUCCCCAGUGUACGGAUUUUGGAUCUAGCCUCCAACAACUUCUCAGGCACACUGACAGAAGAAUGGUUUUCGAAAUUGUUGAACAUGAUGGUCAAAGUUAAUAGUAAUGAGACAUUGGUGAUGGAAUAUGGUUAUGAAGGAGCACUAUAUCGAGCUGACACUAAACUCACAUAUAAAGGGUCAGAGAUCACAUUUGAAAAGACAUUAAGGAUCCUAGCAUCCUUUGAUGUGUCAGAUAAUGCAUUCCAGGGAAGCAUCCCUGCAGCUAUUGGGGAACUUGUUUUGAUAGACGUGCUCAACAUGUCACAUAACUCCUUCAUAGGGCCGAUUCCAUCUCAGCUCGGUCAUUUGACACAGCUAGAGGCUUUGGACCUGUCCUCUAACGAGCUUUCUGGCGAGAUCCCACACGAGCUAGCAUCAUUGGACUCCCUCGCAACAUUGAACCUGUCCAACAACAAGCUGGUGGGAAGCAUACCAGAAUCACUUCAUUUCAUGACAUUCUUAAACAGUUCAUUUCUUGGAAAUGAUGGUUUGUGCGGCCCACCAUUGUCAAAAGAGUGCAUCAACACAACAACACCAACAGUGUCGUCACAUCAUUCCAAGAAGAAAUCUGUAGACAUCGUACUGUUCCUCUUUGCUGGACUGGGAUUUGGAAUUGGGUUUGCAAUUGCAAUUGUUGUGGGAUGGGAAAUCCCCAUCAGGAAACAGUCUUAGAAAGGCUGGGAAGCACUCAUAAUUAUGUAUCAAAAUGAAAUAAAAAUUUCCUGAUUGCGGAUCACGCCGUAAUCAGAGCUGUCUUAUAAGCUGUCGUUGCUGAUGCAGCUGUAAUGUUCUGUGUUAAU